AUUCAGGCUUAAAUCUCGGACCUGUCUGACAGCAGCGCUGUGUGUUGAGCUCCAACUGCGUCGCCGGACCGACACUGUUACUUCUUUCUCCGCUUGCUUUCAAGGUCUUGCAACAUGUCCAUCAUCAAGAUCCACGCCAGAGAAAUCUUUGAUUCUCGUGGAAACCCCACGGUGGAGGUUGACCUGUACACCGAUAAAGGUUUGUUUAGGGCUGCUGUACCGAGCGGUGCAUCAACUGGAAUCUAUGAAGCCUUGGAGCUCAGAGACAAUGACAAGUCUCGUUACCUUGGGAAAGGAGUCACUCAGGCUGUAGAACACAUUAAUUCAACAAUUGCACCUGCACUUGUUGAUCAGGAUAUCUCUGUGGUUGAGCAGGAGAAAAUUGACCAGAUGAUGAUUGACAUGGAUGGCACAGAGAAUAAGUCCCAAUUUGGAGCAAAUGCCAUCCUGGGUGUGUCUCUGGCUGUGUGCAAAGCUGGUGCUGCAGAGAAAGGAGUUCCCUUGUAUCGCCAUAUCGCUGAUCUGGCAGGAAACCCAGAGGUCAUCUUGCCUGUACCGGCGUUCAACGUGAUUAAUGGUGGCUCUCAUGCAGGCAACAAACUUGCUAUGCAGGAGUUCAUGAUCCUGCCCAUUGGUGCCAGCACUUUCAAAGAAGCCAUGCGUAUUGGAGCCGAGGUCUACCACAAUCUCAAAAACGUUAUCAAGAAGAAAUAUGGACAGGAUGCUACUAAUGUGGGGGAUGAAGGUGGCUUUGCUCCAAACAUACUGGAAAAUCAGGAGGCUCUAGAGUUAGUGAAGGAUGCCAUCGCCAACGCGGGAUACACAGACGAGGUUGUGAUCGGCAUGGAUGUGGCAGCAUCCGAGUUCUACAGGGAUGGAAAAUACGACUUGGACUUCAAGUCGCCUGACGACCCAAGCCGUUACAUCACCCCUGACGAACUGGCUGAUCUCUACAAGAGCUUUGUGCAGGAUUAUCCAGUGGUUUCCAUUGAGGAUCCCUUUGACCAGGACGAUUGGGAAGCUUGGUCUAACUUCACUGACAGCACUGACAUCCAGGUUGUUGGAGACGAUCUGACGGUGACCAAUCCUACUCGCAUCUGCAAGGCUGUGGAGGAGAAGGCCUGCAACUGCCUCCUGCUUAAAGUUAACCAGAUUGGCACAGUUACCGAGUCAAUGAAAGCGUGUAAGAUGGCCCAGGAGAGUGGCUGGGGCGUGAUGGUUAGUCAUCGCUCUGGUGAAACUGAAGACACCUUCAUUGCAGAUCUGGUGGUCGGGUUAUGCACCGGACAGAUAAAGACGGGGGCCCCCUGCCGCUCUGAGCGCUUGGCCAAGUACAAUCAGAUACUCAGAAUUGAAGAGGAGUUGGGAGAUAAAGCUGUGUUUGCUGGGAGAAACUUCAGGAAACCUGUUAUAGAGUGAAGUAGUGAGGCUGGUGGAUUCAGACACACAAAUGUGUGAAAACGCAUCAGUGCAAUAAUGAUUAAUGUAGUGUAGCACAAGUGUUAACUUAUUAAGACAGCAUACCGUCAGGACUGCAACUGUCUCUUCUCUCACUGAAUUCUCUGUAUUUUUAUAGAUAGAUAGUUUAUAGAAUAAAUUAAAAGAUUUAAAAAUGACACUUAAAUUGUUUUCAGAACAGCUUGACUUUGAACAACAAAAAAAAGGAUAAUAAAGUUUUGUUGGUGAUUAAAAUA